AAAUAAAAAAUAUGAAAUGAAUUCAGUAUGUGAGUGAAAAUAUUUGAAGGAAUUUUUUAAAUAAAAAAAAAAACGUGAAAAAUGUGGGUGAUUAUUGCACAAUUGAAUAACAAUGUAACAACAUCGAAGGCAGUUUAUGAAUUAAAUAAAGUGAGUGAUAAAAAUAUUUGGAAAUGUGCAGGUGGGACAGUAAAAUCAACGAGUAAAUAAUGAAAUAACUGACCUACGUGAUUUUCGUAGCAAGUGAAUUCCUUUGGGAGAAUUGAUAUUAUCUGUCGAGUCGGGUGAACAAUCAAUCGGUGUGUUGGCAACUAAAAUGCCAAGGAUAAUUGGUUCAAUCAGGACAACAUAUGGUAUUGUGCACCGAAGGACACCAUGUAUUUGUCUGCAGCUGCAAACUGUCACCAAUAUAUGAGGUGAAGUCUCUAGUGCAUCAACUCAUAUCUUGAAGAUGCAACUUAUCACAAGAAACAUACGAGGAUGAAAACGCAAGAUAGAGUGUUAGUGUGUCAACGUGCGAGCACAAGUCCUAGGACUGGUCGUUCAAGUAACAUCAAUUGGGGUUGACGUCGACCAAUAUGGCACGUAAUGACUUGCUAAGAGGCAAUGCCACAGAGACGAGAGAUGAUUUAAUAAACAUGUUCAUUGAUACAGGCCAAAAUAAUGUGACAUCAUCUCUAGACGAUUCGCAAGACCUUGAGAAAGUUAUUCUGCUCAUCACCAAAGCCAUCGUUAUGAGUUUCAUAAUCCUCGCAGCUCUAUUUGGUAAUCUCUUGGUGAUUGUGUCAGUCAUGAGACACCGUAAGCUUCGUAUCAUCACCAAUUACUUUGUUGUCUCACUGGCAUUGGCUGAUAUGCUGGUAGCUAUUUUUGCCAUGACUUUCAACGCAAGUGUUGAGCUCUCUGGACGAUGGCUUUUUGGUUAUUUCAUGUGCGACGUGUGGAACUCACUUGAUGUCUUUUUUAGCACAGUGUCCAUCCUUCAUUUAUGUUGUAUAAGUGUCGACAGAUAUUAUGCUAUUGUUCAACCCCUGGAUUAUCCUCUGAUCAUGACCAACUUACGACUCGGUACCAUGUUAAGUGUCGUCUGGUGUUCACCAACAAUCAUGAGCUUUCUACCAAUAUUUGCUGGGUGGUAUACGACUGCCGAACAUCUGGAGUAUCGUAAGAAGUAUCCAGACGUUUGCAUGUUCCAAGUCAACAAACUUUAUGCUGUCGUCAGUUCGAGCGUAAGUUUCUGGGUCCCAGGAAUUAUUAUGAUUGCGAUGUACUACAAAAUCUACAGAGAAGCUGAUCGUCAAGAGAGACUGCUGUACCGGAGUAAAGUUGCAGCAGCACUUCUAAACAAACAUCUACAAAUAAACGGGAUCUCAGCGGGUUUGGCAUCAUUACCACCAGUAGAUCAAUCUCCACCAGAUCCACAACCUGAAGAACCACCGAUCACCAGUAGCAGCAAAAUGAAACGAGAAAGAAAAGCAGCGAGGACUCUGGGGAUCAUCAUGUCGGCUUUUCUAGCAUGUUGGCUUCCAUUCUUUCUUUGGUACUUGAUCACGUCUCUGUGUGACACAUGUGAAAGCAGUAGCAUCGUAGUGGCCGCAGUGUUCUGGGUUGGUUACUUCAACAGUGCUCUCAAUCCUCUCAUCUAUGCGUACUUUAAUCGUGAGUUUCGUGCAGCUUUUCGUAAAACCCUUGAAAGCUGUUGUGCUGCUUUGGCUCCAGUACGAGACCUCAGGCAAGUCCACAGAAAACAAGACCUUGUACAUAGCAAUGCAUCGUCAGAACUGCAUGUGAACAAUCAGCUGAGAAGUGAAAUGACCAAUGUUCACAUCGAGGCUUGUAUUUAGAGUCUAUUUACUGCUACUAUAGACUGAGGAAGGCUAUUAUUCUCGGCAGUGAAGCACACGUAAAUUAAGUCAGACAAGGAGGCAUAUGUUGAUAAUGGUGAGAGAAACUAAACAAUUAGCUAUAUGAACUUCUCAAAUAAUUAUUGAACCUCACAAUGAAAACAAACUUCCUGUAAAUACUCAGAUACUUGUGCCAACUAUUUGUUUAUCGAUAAACAAACUUAUUUGAAUGUCAGUUUUGCAAUGAAUAAAUGAAUCAAGUUAAGUCAUUCAUUUAAAUAUCAUUUUUAUAUUUAAGUUGUUUUUAAAAUUAUUUUUCUCAAUUAAUGUAAGUUACACAGAAGAAAGUCAAUUCAGCUGAGACUUAAUAAUUGAUAAGAGCUGAGAAAAUUCACACGAAAAUAUCCUCAAAGCUUGGAACGAUGAGUUCGUCAAACGUGUAUAAUUAGAAAAAAUCAAUGAAGCUUGUGUCAAAGCAGGUCGACGUGACUCUCUAUGCUAUCUACUUGUUUGAAAGAAAUAUACAUAUAUAUAUGUAUAUGUAUGUAUAUACAUAAAUAUGUAGAUGAAUGUAAAAAAAGUGAGAGAGAUGAAGACCCAAUAGAAAGAAAUAUCCGGAUAAAAUCAAGAAUAUAUCACAACAAGAAGAAAAAAUAAUGACUAUUGAGGAGUUUUUGUGUAAAUGAUUCUACUAAAAUAGAUAUUUUUGAAGAAUAUUUUAGACAUCAUGCUAAAUAAUAUAUUUUAUUACAGACAUGA